AGGCCCAGAAUCUUGCAAGAAUACCACAUCUUCACUCAUUAUAUCCUGCCCUCUCCAAAGCUCCCACAUCAUGUCUGCUCGCCUGCCCCCUUUCGUCUACGCGCCGUCAUUGCAGGAGUACAUGGUCUCGGCCAAAGAGUUCUUCACGCGACACCCUCAAUAUCACAUGCUGGUCAGCGGGGCGGUCAUCUUCAACCGUGAGGGGAAGAUGCUCCUGGUCCAACGUGCCAAAGAAGAAAAGGCAUUUCCGAACUUCUGGGAGAUUCCGGGGGGUAAAGUGGACGACACGGAUGAAACCAUCCUCCACGCUGUUGUGCGCGAGGUCAAGGAAGAGACUGGGCUCCAAGUAACGAGAAUUGUCCGGAAGGUUGCCGAGUUUGGUUGGGAUGAACCAUCCCAGGCCUGGUGGAAGCUGAUCUUCGAGGUACAAGUGGAGAGCUUGGACAAUGUGGUGCUUGACCCCAUAGAGCACCAGGCCUAUGUCUUCGCGACAGAGCAGGAGAUCGUCGAGGAGCAGGUAGCGGGAGGGCCAGCUCUUAGCUGGGUUUCACCUCCAAACAAAGACGUGAAACUGGCGGCAUUCAGGCUGCGGCGCGAGGCCGGGGAAGGCCCAGAUACGUCAAUGAAGGCAAAGGAGGUGGUAUGA